CUGCCCGUCAGGGCCACCGACCGGCACCAUGCCUGAGAGGCGCUGGGAGCUGCCGCUGCCGCUGCUUCUGCUGGGGCUGGGGCUGAGGGCCCAGGGGGCCCUGCCCCCGCCCUGCGAGAGCCGGGUGUACUGUCGCGGGGAGCUGCUGCACCAGGUUCAGAUGGCCAAGCUCUACCCCGACGACAAGCAGUUCGUGGACAUGUCCCUGUCCGCGGCUCCAGAGCAAGUGCUCCGGAGCUUCGGGGAGCUGGCGGCGGCGCACAACCACAGCGUCCCGGGGCCGCGGCUGCGCGCCUUCGUGCAGCAGCACUUCCGGGCCGCGGGGCAGGAGCUGGAGCCGUGGGCGCCCGAGGACUGGCACGGCAGCCCCCGGCUCCUGCAGAGGAUCUCCGACGCCAGGCUGCGCGCGUGGGCCGGGCAGCUGCACCAGAUCUGGAGGAAGCUGGGGAAGAAGAUCAAGCCAGAGGUGCUGAGCCGGCCCGAGCGGUUCUCACUCAUCUACUCCCCGCACCCCUUCAUCGUGCCGGGCGGCCGCUUCCUAGAGUUCUACUACUGGGACUCCUACUGGGUCAUGGAGGGCCUGCUCCUCUCUGAGAUGACCAGGACGGUGGAGGGCAUGCUGCGGAACUUCCUGAGCCUGGUGAAGACCUACGGGCAUGUCCCCAAUGGCGGGCGCGUGUACUACCUGCAGCGGAGCCAGCCCCCGCUCCUGACCCUCAUGAUGGACCGGUACCUGAGCCACACCUACAACGUCAGCUUCCUGCGGGAGAACAUCGAGACCUUGGCCCUGGAACUGGACUUCUGGGCCGUCAACAGGACCGUCUCCGUGAGCGUGGGGGGGAAGAGCUACGCCCUGAACCGGUACCACGUUCCCUACGGGGGACCCAGGCCCGAGUCCUACAGCAAAGACACCGAGCUGGCAGACACGGUGCCCGCAGGGCACCGAGAGGCCCUGUGGGCCGAGCUGAAGGCUGGGGCCGAGUCCGGCUGGGACUUCUCGUCACGCUGGCUUGUCGGAGGCCCAGACCCUGACCUGCUCAGUAGCAUCCGAACCAGCAAACUGGUGCCUGUGGACCUGAACGCCUUCCUGUGCCAGGCAGAGGAGCUCAUGAGCAAAUUCUACUUGUUACUAGGGAACGCCUCCCAGGCCGCCAGGUACCGGAACUUGCGGGCCCAGCGCCUGGCCGCCAUGCAGGCCGUCCUCUGGGAUGAGCAGAAAGGAGCCUGGUUCGACUACGACUUGGAAAAGGGGAAGAACAACCUGGAGUUUUACCCAUCCAACCUCACCCCGCUCUGGGCCGGCUGCUUCUCUGGCAACAGCAUCCCAGACAAGGCUCUGAAAUACCUGGAGGACAGCCAGGUCCUGACCUACCGGCACGGGAUUCCAACCUCUCUCGUCAACACAGGCCAGCAGUGGGACUCCCCCAAUGGCUGGGCCCCCCUGCAGGACCUGGUCAUCAGAGGCUUGGCCCAGUCAAGUUCCCCCCGGACUCAAGAAGUGGCUUUCCAGCUGGCCCAGAACUGGAUCAGAACCAACUUUGACGUCUACUCCCACAAGUCAGCCAUGUAUGAGAAGUAUGACGUGGUCAGUGGUGGACAGCCCGGCGGUGGAGGGGAGUAUGACGUCCAGGAGGGCUUUGGCUGGACCAACGGUGUGGCCCUGAUGCUCCUGGACCGCUACGGGGACCGGCUGAGCGCGGGAGCCCCGCGGGCGCGCCAGGUGCCCGGCUUUCUGCUGGCCACGCUUCUGCUCGGCUUCCUGCCUCAGUGUCCCUGAGGCGGAGGACACGGACAGCCUCCCUGCCACCUGCCUCCCUCCCCUCAUUAAACUCCUCUCCCCGCCCUUCUCCCAGCUGCCUUCUGUUCUG